AUGCUUAACUAUUGGGUUUGGAUUUCUCAUGGAGAAAAUUACAAUACUGCUGAUAUUCAUUCUUCUACCGAAGAUGCCUUUGGAUCUGAGUCUCACACAGAACCAGUGGAUCCUUAUGUGACAAUGGUUUCAGAUGCAUUUGAUAAUCCAGAGUCAAGAUUUGAUCAAAACAUGGAAGAAGAGCCUAAUGCUGAAGCAAAAAAGUUUUAUGAUAUUUUGGACGCGGCAAAAAAUCCAAUUUAUGAUGGUUGUAAAGAAGGUCUUUCACAACUAUCUUUAGCAGCUCGACUCUUGAGUUUGAAGACAGAUUAUAAUUUGCCUCAAAACUGUAUGGACGCAAUUUCUAAAAUGGUGAAAGAAUAUUUGCCGGAAGGUAACAACUCAAUGAAUUCCUACUAUGAUAUAAAGAAGCUUAUGCGAUCUUUGGGUUUACCUUAUCAGAAAAUUGACGUUUGUCGAGAUAAUUGCAUGAUUUUUUGGAAAGAUGCUGCGUCGAAAGAGAACUGUCAGUUCUGUGGCAAAGACAGAUUUCAUCCUACUCAAAAGCCUGAGCAGAAAAAAGUUGCAUAUAGCCAGAUGUUUUAUUUGCCAGUAGCCGAUAGAUUAAAGAGAUUGUAUCAAUCUGAUAAUACAGCAAAAGAUAUGAGAUGGCACGCAGAACACUUUGUGAAGACCGGAGAAAUGUCUCAUCCAUCGGAUGGAGAAGCAUGGAAACAUUUUAACAAGGUAUAUCCUGAUUUUGCAUCUGAACCAAGAAAUAUAUACCUUGGGUUAUGUACAGAUGGUUUCAAUCCAUUUGGUAUGUCAGGACAUAAUUAUUCACUAUGGCCGGUAAUUUUAACUCCGUAUAAUCUGCCACCUGAAAUGUGCAUGAAACAAGAAUUUAUGUUUUUAUCAGUUCUAGUUCCUGGUCCAAAUCAUCCUAAGAGAAGUCUUGAUAUCUUUCUUCAACCUUUGAUAGAAGAAUUGAAAGAUUUGUGGUAUAACGGCGUUCAGGCAUAUGACCGUUAUACAAAGCAGAACUUUCUUUUACGAGCUGUACUUAUGUGGACAAUAAGUGACUUUCCAGCUUAUGCUAUGCUUUCGGGUUGGACAACUCAUGGCCGGUUGGCUUGUCCUUAUUGUUUGGAUCAGACAAAUGCAUUUCAACUGAAGAAUGGUAGAAAAACGAGUUGGUUUGAUUGUCAUUGUUCAUUUUUGCCGAAUGACCAUAGCUACAGGCGGAACAAGAAAAACUUUCAGAAAGGACGGGUUGUGAAUGAUACUCCACCUCAAUUGCUAACAGGUGAAGAAUUGUGGAAUAAAGUCAAUGUUUUGCCUAAAACAGUUGAUUGUGGUGGAAACCAUGGGCGAUUACAAGGAUACGGGAACACUCACAACUGGCAUAAACAGAGCUAUCUUUUGGGAGCUACCAUAUUGGAAGGAUCUUAA